GGUUUUGUGCUUGCGACUAGCUUAGGAAGCACGCGACAGCCCGUACCCCACGACAUAGCGCCAGAGUCUCACCACGAUAGUAGACCAGCGAAGAAGGAAAGAGAAAGUCUAGAGCAAUUGAAGCUUGAAAAUCUGUCACAAUGGCGAACAAAUUGGACGCGAUAAAGCCGCAGAAGAAGAUUGAGCUCUUCUCCGGCUCAUACUUUGCGGCAUGCACAAUGGGAGGCAUCAUCGCAUGCGGACCUACACAUACAAUGGUUACGCCUCUAGAUCUGGUAAAAUGCCGACGCCAAGUCGACUCCUCCCUCUACAAGUCCAACUCACAAGCCUGGAAAAUGAUCUACUCCAAAGAAGGUCUCCGCGGCGUCUUCUUCGGCUGGACCCCAACCUUCAUCGGCUACUCGAUGCAAGGCGCGGGAAAAUACGGCUUCUACGAAGGCUUCAAGUACCUCUACGGCGACAAACUCGCGCCCGGAGCACCCAAACAAGUCGUCUACCUCGCCGCCUCCGCCUCAGCAGAGUUCCUAGCGGACCUCGCCUUGUGCCCCAUGGAAGCCAUCAAAGUGCGCAUGCAGACUACGCUCCCGCCUUUUGCGCACAACUUGCGCGAGGGCUGGGCCAAGGUUAUCAAGGAAGAGGGUGUCGGUGGCUUGUACAAGGGAUUGUACCCCCUGUGGGCGAGGCAGAUUCCGUAUACCAUGGUCAAGUUUGCGACGUUUGAGGAGACGGUUACGCAGAUUUAUCGGUUUUUGGGUAAGCCCAAGGAGUCGUUUGGGCCGCUGCAGCAGACCGGGGUUAGUUUCCUGGGUGGGUACAUCGCCGGUGUUGGGUGUGCGGUUGUGUCGCAUCCUGCAGACGUCAUGGUGUCGAAACUCAACAGCGACCGCAAGCCUGGUGAGAGUGCGGGUCAAGCUAUCGGCAGGAUAUAUGGCAAGAUUGGUUUCCCUGGUUUGUGGAAUGGUCUGCCUGUUCGUAUCUUUAUGAUUGGUACACUCACGGCGUUUCAAUGGCUUAUUUAUGAUUCUUUCAAGGUUUAUCUGGGUCUUCCUACGACUGGUGGUCAUUAGACUGUGUUGGGCUCUGGGCAUGUGUGAUAUCGUAUGGCGUCUGUAUAGUGUUAUCUGGCGCUUCGGACUGGGAUAUUUUAGUAAUGAAUUAAUGGAACC